CUCUUGUUCCUCUUCUUCCGCUCAUCCAUUUCAGAGCCUUGAGGUGUUGGAUCUUCAAUUUCUGCCAAUGUUGAGUGCCUUUAUUAUGAAAGAUGAAGGAAUUGGUUCAGCAACAACAUCAUUGGCUCCGUCUGCCACCUUUUCCCAUCUUAAGGAAAUUACGAUAUACAGCUGCUCAAGUAUGAAGACGUUGCUUCCACAUUGGUUGCUUGCAAACCUCCAAAACCUGGAAGAGAUACAUGUGGGUGCUUGUAGUCAGCUAGUAGAAAUAUUGGGAGCAGCAACAUCAGAAGUUGAAGAAAAAGGGAGUGAUACGUUAAUCAAAUUCCAUCUUCCCAAAUUGAGAGAAUUGAGACUAAGUAAGUUACCAAAUUUGAAGAGCAUUUGCAGCAAAAGUGGAGUGAUGGUUUGCGAUUCUCUCCAACUUAUCCAAGUUGUUGUUGAGUGUGAUAAACUGAAGAGAAUUCCUCCAUUUGUUCCCCUUGUUGGCACUGGGCAGCCAUUUGCAUAUGCUCCACCUUCUCUUACCAUCAGGUCAAGCACAGAAUGGUGGGAAUGGUUGGAGUGGGAUGACCAUCCAAACUUUAAAAAUGUUCUUCGCUUCAACCCCUUUGGAAACUUUUAAGGUAUAUUUUUGAUAUUGAAGAAGAGAAAGAUAAAAGGGUUGGUGGGAAAGAAGUAGGGGGGAGGAUAGUGCAAAAGAGAGGAGAAAAGGAAUAAUGGAAGGAAGAGGUUAGGCGCAUAAAUAAGAGAUCAAACUGCCUCCACGUUUUAAACAUUGUCCCUCUCUUACCAUUCCUUCUAUUCUCUAUUUCUUCUCUAAUAUAUAUAUACACUUCCGAAAAUAACCUUCUAAAUAUUUACUAUUAAAAUAUUUAUAUUAAUCAAAAUUAUUUAAGUUGGGACAAAA